AGGCGAAUGAACGGGCGGGUAGUGCAGGUCCGCCAUGGCUGAGGCGUCAAGGUGGCACCGAGGCGGGGCUUCGAAACAUAAGCUGCAUUACAGAAAGGAAGUAGAAAUUACAACCACACUUCAGGAAUUGUUACUCUACUUUAUUUUUUUAAUAAACCUAUGUAUAUUGACUUUUGGGAUGGUAAACCCACAUAUGUAUUACUUAAACAAGGUUAUGUCAUCUCUAUUUUUGGACACUUCUGUGCCUGGUGAAGAAAGAACCAACUUUAAGUCUAUUCGCAGCAUAACUGAUUUUUGGAAGUUUAUGGAAGGACCCCUUUUGGAAGGUCUGUACUGGGAUUCAUGGUACAAUAACCAGCAGCUGUAUAAUUUAAAGAACAGCAGUCGCAUCUACUAUGAAAAUAUACUUCUAGGACUCCCCAGAGUUCGUCAACUAAAAGUCCGCAACAACACAUGCAAAGUCUAUUCAUCUUUUCAGUCUUUGAUGAGUGAAUGUUAUGGCAAAUAUACUUCUGCAAAUGAAGACCUCUCUAAUUUUGGCCUUCAAAUUAAUACUGAAUGGAGAUAUGCUACUUCUAAUACCAACUCCCCUUGGCACUGGGGAUUUCUUGGUGUUUACCGAAAUGGGGGAUACAUUUUCACUUUAUCAAAAUCGAAAUCUGAAACCAAAAACAAGUUCACUGACCUUCGACUGAACAGCUGGAUCACAAGAGGGACUAGAGUUAUUUUUAUUGAUUUUUCCUUAUAUAAUGCUAAUGUAAAUCUAUUUUGUAUUAUCAGAUUGGUGGCAGAAUUCCCUGCAACUGGAGGAAUACUUACUUCAUGGCAGUUUUACUCUGUGAAGCUCCUCAGAUAUGUUAGCUACUAUGAUUAUUUUAUUGCUUCCUGUGAAAUCACAUUCUGUAUUUUUCUUUUUGUCUUCACAACACAAGAAGUCAAAAAAAUAAAAGAAUUUAAGUCUGCCUAUUUCAAAAGUAUUUGGAACUGGCUAGAAUUGCUACUUUUGCUGUUGUGUUUUGUGGCUGUUUCCUUCAACACAUACUGUAAUGUACAAAUUUUUCUCUUACUUGGACAGCUGUUGAAAAGUACUGAAAAAUAUUCAGAUUUCUAUUUUCUUGCAUGCUGGCACAUUUAUUACAAUAAUAUAAUUGCAAUUACCAUCUUUUUUGCAUGGAUAAAGAUAUUCAAAUUCAUAAGCUUUAACAAGACAAUGUCUCAGCUGUCAUCAACCUUGUCCCGUUGUAUUAAAGACAUAGUAGGAUUUGCCAUCAUGUUUUUUAUAAUAUUCUUUGCUUAUGCCCAGUUAGGAUUUCUUGUUUUUGGAUCACAAGUUGAUGACUUUUCCACUUUGCAGAAUUCCAUAUUUGCACAGUUUCGAAUUGUUCUUGGAGAUUUUAAUUUUGCUAGUAUUCAGCAAGCCAAUCCUAUCUUGGGACCCAUUUACUUCAUCACUUUCAUCUUUUUUGUGUUCUUUGUCUUGCUGAAUAUGUUCUUGGCAAUUAUUAAUGAUACCUAUUCUGAAGUGAAAGCUGAUUAUUCAAUAGGCAGAAGGCCAGAUUUUGAACUUGGUAAAAUGAUUAAACAGAGUUACAAAAAUGUUCUCGAGAAAUUCAGAUUGAAGAAAGCUCAAAAAGAUGAAGACAAGAAAACCAAAGGCAUCGGAGAUUUGGCUGAACAAGCCAGAAGAGAAGGCUUUGACAAAAAUGAGAUUCAAAAGGCAGAGCAGAUGAAAAAAUGGAAAGAGAGGCUUGAGAAAAAGUAUUAUUCCAUGGAAUUUCAAGAUGACUACCAGCCUGUCACUCACGAACAAUUUCGAGAACUCUUUUUAUAUGCUGUGGAGCUGCAGAAGGAAUUACAUCAAUUUGAAGCUAAAUCAAGUGGUGAGAAAGGUUUCAGCUCUAUGGUAUUGAGACAAGUGGAGAGACAGAGUCUCACUCUGUCGCCCAGGCUGGAACAGCGGUGCGACAGUGGCCUCAACACCCUCCAAACAGAGAAUCAAGUGAUCCUCUUGCCUCAGCCUCCCAAGUGUCUGGGACUACACGUGCACACCACCACCCCUGGCUAAUUUUAAAAAAUUUUUUAUAAAGUCUGGGUCUCACUGUGCUGCCCAGGCUGGUCUUGAACUCCUGGCCUCAAGGGAUCCUCCUGCCUCAGCUUCAAAAAGUGCUGGGAUUAUAGGCAUGAGCCACUGUGCCUGGCCAGAUUUUUUUUUAAUUUUUUGAAACACAGUAAUGUUUUAUUUAAAAAUAGGAAUGACAAUAAAUAUUUGCAAAUCACACUUAAAAAGCAUGUGUCCUUUGAUAAAUUCUUGAUUCAUCUCCUAUUAAUUCCUCAAUGCUCAUUUAACAUCAAAUUUCUUGGCAUAUACAUUUUAUUCUAAAAAUAGGCUAAAA